CCUCCCUCCAUUUUUCUACAAUCACUCCAUUUUUGUGAGAAGGUUGGGUGAAAGGAAGAAAAAGUAUAGACACCUGCAGGUGUUGGCAACUUCCUGGCAGACAUUGUAAGAUCAUGUGGGACGGUCCUCGACCAGGUCCACGUGGAGGGCUACCCUUUCGUGGCGACCCUCGGGGGGAGAUGUUUGAAGGCCGAGAAUGUCCUGCCCCAGAAUUCAGAGGAAGAGAUGGAAAGCCUAUGGGCCAUAGGCCUCCUGACAGGCCCCCUAUGGACAUGAGACGGUUUGACCGUCCCGCCGAUAUGAGACCUCGGGAAAUGGAGCCCUUAGACAUGCGGGGAAGAGAAACACAAAGAGAUUUCUUCAGGCCAGGGGAUGAGGCCGAUGCUGGCAUGAGGAGGAGAUUUGAUAUGGAAAUGAGAAACAAACUGCAAGGUCCUCCUGACUUUAUGGGCCCUGGCAGGCAUCCUUUAGACAUGGCAGGAAGGGACAUGAACCCCAGAGGGUUGAGAGAGCCCAAUGAUGCAUUUAUGGGAAUCAGAGAAAGGGAAAGAUUCCGCAUGGAUAUGCCAGGGUUCAAUGAGCCUCCCAUGGACUCUCGUAGACGGCUUCCUAUGGACCUCAUGAAUAGAGAUGAGGGCUUUAGAGAAAUGCAUGACAGAGAGAGGCCCCGGAUGGGUAUGGACGACAUAGAUGGAUUCAGCAUGGACAUGCCCCCAAGAGAAAGGGAGAUCAUGGACUUUGAUAGAAGGGGUGGAACCCCGCUAAAUCCAAGGGGGCGAUUUGAAUCCGAUAUGGACUUCAGAAACCGUACUCGAAAUUCAGCUGAGUUCAGGGAAAGAGAGAGAUCUCCCAUGAACUUCAGGGAAAAUGAAGGGGUUCCAAUGGAUGUCAGAGGAAGACCUGACGUACCCCCAGAUUUUGUGGCCAUGAACAGGCCCAAGUUCAGGGGUGGAGAUGGAAACUUCAGAGACAUGGAAUUUCCAGAGCAAAGGGGUUCCCGAGGCAGAGAUGAGAAGUCUCACUCAGAUGAGUGGCAUGGUCGGGACGUGAGGGACCGAGGGCCCUUCCCUCCACAAAUCAAGGGAACGCCCCCAUUCCCGAAAGGAAGGGAACGAUUUCCCCCACCCCGAUGCAGGGAAGGUGAUCCUGGCUCUGGGGAGGUUGCAGAUUUUCCUGGAAGAGAAAGGCCAUCCUCAGAAUUCCCAGUGGAAAAAGACGGAUCCUUUAGCUUUCCACGUCCUGGAAGAGAGGCCAUGGACUCCCAGAGCUGGGAGAGGAACGCUCCUCCAGAUCACUUUCCUGGACAUGAUGUGCCCCCGUUUGGCCGCAGAGGUCCACAGGAGCCCCCUCUCCCACACAUGGAGCCUCCCCAAUUGAAUGCUCCCAACCGAGAAAACGAGGCCAAACGUUGGUCCAGGGACCAGGAUCCUAAACAGAACCAGAAUGCACCAGCUCGAGGCAGGUCUCCCUUCCUUAGAGGUGCAGAUUCUGCCCAGGGCAAGAGCCAGACAGGCCCAGACCAUGUUGCAGAAGGUCACUCGCACUUUGCGGAACCAAAGAACCUUCUCAAAAAACCAGGACAAGAGGGAGGGAAGGAGGAGUUCCUGGACAACAGCAGUAGUGACUGUAGAGAUCAGGACUACAGAGACAUUGAUUACAGAACAGGUUCAGGACGCGCCUAUGACUACGAGCGCAGAGAUCAGCCAGGGCCAGAAAAGCCUGUGAAGGAACCAAAGCCAGUCCCUCCCCAGAGGUUCAAUGAUUCAGCUUCUCAGGAUCAGGAUUACAGGAGUGCUUCUGUGAAGAAAGAGGUCUCAAACACCAUCUCCAUUACCGGAAUUCCUAAAACCGCCACAAUGGAACAGAUCCUGGGUGCUUUCGCAGUCCGUGAUGGCGUUCCCAUGCAGGGUAUGAAAAUAAAGAACGUUGUGCCAGGUUACAGCUACGAUACGGCCUAUGUGGAGUUUUUAAACCUCGAGGAUGCAGUCCACUUCAUGGAGUCCAACCAGGGAUCCCUGAAGGUUGGCACUAAAACCGCCCUGAUGAGAUACAUCCAACCUGACAGGAACAGCAAAGAGACCCCUGAGGCGGUGCUUAAGGAAAGCCAGCCCCAGGAGCCUCUCCUGCCCACUCCCAGCACAGCAAAGAAGCAGCCCCCCGAGACAGCCAAUCAGGACGGGCACGGGCAGAAGCCGCCUGCUGAUUUGCUCUCUCAGGGCGCGUGGCAGCGGAGCUCGAACCUGACUCCCGAGGCCUGGCAGCAACAGAUGGACCAGCAGCAGCAGCAACAGCAGCAGCUCGAGGCAGAGUCCUGGGGGGCCAGGAACCCUCGACACCCCCCUCGUCAGAUGGACCCCAUCUUUAAAGAGAGCAAGACCAUGAUAAUAAAGAACGUGAAGCCGACCACCACCGUGGAGACCAUCCUGAAAGCCCUCGACCCCUACGCUUACCUGGACGAGAGGAACGUCCGUCUGGUCCGGGGCAAGCCCAUGGGAGCCAAGUGCUUCUGCUUUGUGGACAUGGACUCUCAUGAGCAAGUAGCUCGGCUGGUGGAGCUCCUGAGCUCCGCUCCCCUAAUGAUCGACGGAGUCCGUGUAUACGUGGAGAUCGCCAAGCCACUCAAAAAUCAGAAUUACAGGCGAGAUUUUGAUAAAUCCAACACAUCUCUCCUGGGUUAUCCCCCUGAUGCUGUAAUGAUGGAGCAGUACUAUAACCAGCCUGUUCAGCCACUGCUGCCAACUCCAGCUGUGAUUCAAGGGGAUCCAGUGCUACCAGUCAGCAGAGAUUCCACCGUGUCUUCUGACCCCCAACUGAACUCAAACGUGAUUCAGGCCCCUGACCCUCAGGCGUCCGCGGUGAUGCCUGCACUGACGGCGACAGGGGACGGCACCGAAUAUAACUAUGCUACUGAGACCCCGGAUAUGUCGUCAUACCUGUACGAUGCCACUUCCGGGUUCUACUAUGACCCCCAGACCACCCUGUACUAUGACCCGAGCUCAAGGUAUUUCUACAAUGCCCAGACGCAGCAGUACCUUUACUGGGACACUACGACAAAGGCCUACAUCCCAGUGCCGGGGUACACCACAGACACCCAGCCCCCUUCGGCCAACGCCAGUGUGCCAGUGGCUGUGGCUGUGGCAGCACCCCCCGAAACCCUGUCCGCAGAGGGGCCCCUGGACGGGACCAAGGCCACGGACGCUGGGCUGGAGAAGAAGGAAGAUGAGGAGGCGGCUCCUCGCCUGGAAAAGAAGGAGAAAGAGAAGGAGAAGGAGGAGAAACCAAGGAGCCUGGCAGCAUUCAAGAUCAUGAAGGACAUGGAGCGCUGGGCCAAAAUCCAGAACCGGCAGAAGGACAGCGUCCGUGCACCAUCCCCGGUUCUGAAGAUCCCCGGAGCACCGGAGGAGAGGAAGAACUCCAAGGCUGCGGAUGCAGCCUUUGCCAUCUUUGAGAGGAAGGGCAUAGCUGGAGACGACCUCUUCAAGAAGCCUUUGGCACCACCAAAGAAAGAUGAUAAGAGCUUGAAGCGGCCCAUGGACUCCCUGGGGCUGCUGGCGGCGGACUACGGGGCCGGCAGCGACGAGGAAGAGGAGGAGAAGCACGAAGCUCCGCGGGCGGCCAAACCCCAGCCCGAGGAGGCGGAGGACAAGCUGACGGACUGGAAGAAGAUGGCCUGCCUGCUGUGCCGCAGGCAGUUCCCCAACAAGGACGCGCUGGUGCGCCACCAGCAGCUCUCAGACCUCCACAAGCAAAACAUGGAGAUCCACUUGAAAAUCAAGAGGUCCAAGAAGGAGCUAGAGGCAUUGGAGAACCAGGAGAAACAGUUAUUCUCCCGGGAGACCAGAGACUCCAGUGGCUCUCCAGAAAUCAAGAGGAAGAAAUACCACAACUCCUGGCAGAAUGCUCCCAGGCCAGUUAAGGACAUGCACAAGGCUUCAGAACGGCCUGGCCUGGGUUCAGAGCCUGUGGAGAGGAAGAAGAAGGAGCCUGUUGUCUGGAACCACGCCACAUACAAGCAGGCAGUGCGCAAGGCUAUGUUCGCCCGCUUCAAGGAGCUGGAGUGACCUCACUUCCUCUCCAGCACGGUCGAGGGCGGGUCUUUGGGAUUGUGUACGCAUGUCUAAACCUUGCACCUGUCAUUCAGGUCCGAGGUGUCCGUGGCGACCGCGCUCGGUUUAAUUCCUGGACUCUUCCCGCGUGCUCUCAGCCGCACCGCUCUCUCGUCACGAGGGCCCGCUGCUUCGGAAGCGGGCCGCUGAUCAGAGAUCAGUGCGGGGGGAAGGGCGUGGCUGUGCCCAACGCAAGAACGGUUCCUCUCUCUCUCUCGAGGGCAGCCCGUGCGGAACCCCAGAACAGACACUCUCAUUCGGGGCCUGCGGGCCUGGGUCCGGAGCACGGGCGUACGCUGCCAUGACGUCCGUGCCUUACACACACCGUGGCACUGGAGGACCCUCGCACUCCUGGAUCCCAGCGAUCCUGCUCACCUGGACUUGACCUGUGGCAGGUGGAGCAGUCCUUAAGCUCCUCCACAACUCCUCCUCUGCCUUCAGCUCUGAUUAAUGUGUUAGGAAUAGAGGUGUAAUGUAGUGUACAGUGGAGUCACGUGUCUUGAUGUGGCUGAAGUGUAGUUAUUGUGAGGUUUACCCUGCAGGCCCACUGCUUUUGCCAACAGCAGGCUUCUGCAGCAAUGUUGUUUUGUUUUAUUUUCUUUCUCAUUCAUUUUAACAGAAUUGAAUUUUUACAUUGAGUCAUUUUUUUCCUUGACAUGUACUGUACUCUGUAUUAUCUGUACACUUUUUGUAGUAAAAAAAAAAAAA